CGAGUCAACAAAAACAGAUGCGGAGGCUGCAGGCAGAUGCAGACAUGUCGUCCAGUUACUCAGCAAAUCAGUAUGACAGCGCCUUCAGGUCGCAGAGGCUACAGAACUGGUGUGAGACUAAGCGCUUCAAAGAGAGACCCAAUGCACAGGAGGGUCACACCACAUUCAUUGCCAACGAUAGAGGACAUCUGCUCCCAGGAGUGGCUAAGAGUGGCAGUGCAUGGCCAGACUUUAAGGGGACCUGGGAUCUACCGGCUCGUAUCCCAGUCCACCGCAUCAACCCUACAGGCCGCUCAGUGGAGGGUCUCAACAGGCUGAAGUCCUGGGGCGUUGACCCACAGUGCACUGGAUUAUCUCAGCCACACAGCUGCAGAAAAAACUCAGAAAGGCUGCAGGAUGUUGGCAAGCAGACCAGUGGGGACAUACAUCAGGACUGUGCUGCCCCAUCCACAGCUGUGGCCCGACCAGCAUCUCAGAACAGCCCCGUCACUGGAGGUGAGGGAACUGCCAGCCAAAACCAGGACUUGCAGGCAGCUGUGGUUGGAUCCGUCACUCAGUCUGCUGAGGACAAACAAGCUACUCAGGCUACUGGGAAAGACAGACCAUCGGGCCAAUGCUCUGCGGCUGAAGAGAAACCAGCUUUGAGCCAAGCUGCUGCAGGGGGAAACAGCAGCAGCCCUGAAACCGACAAAGGGAGACCAGUGAGCAGUGUGUCAGAGAAAGCAGCAGCAUCAUCCUCCAUGCAGAGACACAGAAACGCACAGGAAGACCAGUGAACUCAUUUCUGUAGUGGAUGAAAACAAUGCCAUCAAAAGUAAAUGCAUUUUAACUGUACUAGUUUUGACUUACUUUAGCAUGGCUGAUUAAAAUUAUUUCGAAAACGUGAAU